CGCCUCCCUCUCGCCCGCGCAGCGGCGGCCGCGGCUCGGCGCGCAGCCGGCAGCAGCAGCAGCAGCCAUGGUGUUCUCGGUGGCGAGGAAGGAGACCACGCCCUUCGACGGCCAGAAGCCCGGCACCUCCGGCCUCCGGAAGAAGGUUACAGUAUUCCAGCAGCCUCAUUACCUUGCGAAUUUUGUCCAGUCAACAUUUAAUGCCCUUCCAGCUGAGGAAGUGAAAGGUGCAACCAUUGUUGUCUCCGGUGAUGGCCGCUAUUUCUCAAAGGAUGCUGUUCAGAUCAUCACAAAAAUGGCUGCUGCUAAUGGAGUGAGACGUGUCUGGGUUGGACAAGACACUCUCUUGUCUACUCCAGCUGUAUCUGCUAUAAUCCGGGAAAGAAUUGCUGCUGAUGGAUCAAAGGCUACUGGUGCCUUCAUUUUAACAGCCAGUCACAACCCAGGAGGUCCGACCGAGGACUUUGGUAUCAAAUAUAACAUGGGAAAUGGUGGACCUGCCCCUGAAUCUGUUACUGACAAGAUUUUCUCUAAUACAAAGACAAUUACUGAAUACCUCAUUGCGGAAGACCUUCCAGAUGUUGAUGUUUCUGCGUUAGGUGUCACUACCUUCACUGGACCUGAAGGUCCUUUUGAUGUUGAUGUCUUUGACUCUGCUACAGAUUACAUAAAGCUAAUGAAGUCAAUCUUUGACUUCGAGGCAAUUAAAAAGCUUCUGGCAUCUCCAAAGUUCUCGUUCUGUUUUGAUGGCCUCCAUGGUGUUGCUGGAGCUUACGCAAAGCGCAUGUUUGUGGACGAGCUUGGCGCGAGUGAAAGCUCACUGUUGAACUGUGUUCCAAAGGAGGACUUUGGCGGUGGUCAUCCGGAUCCUAACCUCACCUAUGCAAAAGAGUUGGUUGAACGGAUGGGUCUUGGGAAGUCAAGCUCAAAUGUUGAGCCCCCUGAAUUUGGUGCUGCAGCUGAUGGAGAUGCUGACCGGAACAUGGUUCUGGGCAAAAGAUUCUUCGUGACACCAUCAGAUUCGGUUGCCAUCAUUGCAGCCAAUGCUGUUCAAUCGAUUCCUUACUUUGCUUCUGGCCUGAAGGGAGUUGCCAGGAGCAUGCCGACAUCAGCUGCCCUUGAUGUAGUUGCCAAGAAUUUGAAUCUCAAGUUCUUCGAGGUGCCUACUGGGUGGAAAUUUUUCGGGAACCUGAUGGAUGCUGGAAUGUGCUCAGUUUGUGGUGAAGAAAGCUUUGGCACUGGUUCUGACCACAUUCGCGAAAAGGAUGGUAUUUGGGCUGUUCUAGCAUGGCUAUCUAUUCUAGCUUACAAGAACAAGGACAACCUUGGAGGGGAUAAACUUGUUACUGUUGAAGAUAUUGUUCUUCAGCACUGGGCUACUUAUGGUCGCCAUUAUUAUACACGAUAUGACUAUGAGAAUGUUGAUGCAGAAGCUGCUAAGGAACUUAUGGCAAACCUAGUCAAGCUGCAGUCGUCCCUGUCUGAUGUUAACAAGUUGAUCAAGGAAAUCCAGCCUAAUGUGGCGGAUGUUGUCUCUGCUGAUGAGUUUGAGUAUAAGGAUCCUGUUGAUGGCUCUGUCUCCAAGCAUCAGGGUAUCAGAUAUCUCUUCGGAGAUGGUUCCCGACUGGUGUUCCGCCUUUCAGGAACUGGUUCAGUUGGUGCUACUAUUCGUAUCUACAUUGAGCAGUAUGAGAAUGAUUCAUCCAAAACCGGGAGGGAGUCUUCGGAUGCUCUUUCCCCACUGGUUGAUGUCGCCCUGAAGCUUUCAAAGAUUCAGGAGUACACUGGCCGAUCUGCCCCAACCGUGAUCACAUAAAUUUUGACUUAGAUACGUGCCGAGGCCGCUUAUGCAGUUCCGUUUUGGCCUCCUGUUCGAUAGCUUUCUUUUUACAUCUCACACAUGAAUAAAUUGUAUGUACCAGACCGUCCCUGUUUCGUUGCCUAUACUGCACACACUGCUGCUGGUACAGUAUGCGGCUGUAAUGUUGUCACAGUGAUGUAAUCCAGAGUGAAUUCUUCAAGCGAUAUAUUGACGUGUGUUUUUUUGGUCGA